AUGGCAAUCAGGUCGGUGGCCAUCAUUGGAGCCGGCGCUUCAGGUGCCGCUACCGCCGCAGCUUUUGCCGCUGAAGAAUGCUUUGAGCGAAUCCGCGUGUUUGAGCGGAGAGAAAGUGCCGGUGGAACAUGGAUAUAUGACCCAGACCCAAGCCCAUUGGUAAAGAUUCAACCAGGGAAGAUUCCGGAUGCCUUGCCUCGGACAACAGAGCCCAUCUCGCAAGAGCGAUAUGAGAAGACACCUAUAUAUGACGAACUAACGACAAAUGUUCCUGCCAUAGCAAUGUCCCUGUCGGAUAUUCCCUUCCCCUACGGCCCAUUUGUGCCACAUAACGUGCCCAAGCAGUAUAUUGAGAAUUAUUUCUCACAGCAUGGAACGGAUCAAUAUCUAGAGCUCAGCACGACGGUAGAAGAUGUGUCUCGCUCGCCGACUGGUCAUGACCGAUGGGUCUUGACUCUGAGAAAGUAUGAUGCUGUAGAGCAUGUGGACCACUGGUGGAAAGAGGAAUUCGAUGCCGUUGUUUUUGGCAACGGUCAUUACAGCGUUCCUUACGUCCCAGCUGUCAAGGGCUUGGAAACUUACAUGGAAAAGUUCCCAAACCGUGUGAUACAUUCAAAGUCAUAUCGGUCCGGGGAGCACUUCCGCGGAAAGAAGAUUCUUGUUAUAGGAAAUUCAGCGUCUGGACAUGAUGUGACCAUGGGCGUUAUCAAGACUGCACAGUUACCAGUCUACCAGUCCCGCCGGUCACCAUCGCACUGGGAUGGUGACAAGCCCGAUGCAGGCAUCGAGUGGAAGCCCGUAAUCACCGAAUAUCUUCUAACAGGGGAGAUCAUCUUCGAAGAUGGCACUGUUCUCGGCGACAUUGAUCUGGUGAUUUAUUGUACGGGUUAUAAAGCAUCAUUUCCCUUUUGGAACUCAAAGGCCAACGGCGCCCCGAUCUACGACUACAGGCAAGAUCGCCUCGUAGGGAACUAUCUUCAUGUUUUCCUGACAGAUUUCCCAACUGUCGGAGUCAUAGGCCUCCCGCGAACAUUGACCUUUCGAAGCUUCAAUUACCAGGCCAUAGCCCUUGCGCGAGUCUUCUCUGGCCGGAAUGCGCGGCCACUGCCGUCAAGGGAUGGCCAACGAGAAUGGGAAACACGGCGAGCGAAACUGGUCACUGAGCAGCAUCGAAAGUUCCAUGAUAUCGAGUGGGACAGUGGGGAGACAAUGGACUAUUUGCGAGAUUUGUAUGAUCUUGCCGGACUGCCACGCAUCGAGGGCCAGGGCUUGAUUCCGCCGGUAUUGGAUGAGGCUACAAGAUGGGCUAUCAGACAUGUGAGGAAAUAUCCAGUACCUGGAGAUGAUGACAAUGAAGGCUGCGGCAACCUCCUCACUCCAAGCGAUCGCAAUCGGUGUCCUGAAUCAUUGUCACGGCCACGGCCACAGGGCGCGUAUAGCAACACCAUCGACCGAGUCGACAUGCGCCUGCGAUGCUCCCAAUGCUACCUUUCAAAAUACCACCGCCGGUAUACCACUAUCAGCUACCGUUGGGACUUUAGUGAUCGCCGAGACGCAGGGAUUUUCAUCUACGCCCACGACGAAACAAGCACAAAAACAGCAUACAUCAAAACCCCAAUCACCAAAAGAGCCCAGUUCAAUGUCAUCAUGAGCUGUCCGCUGUUCUUCCUUGACGUGCUCAACGCAAGCUCCGGGUCACACCAAUGGACCCCCGGCAAACUGUCGGACACAUACACCUCGAGCGCGAAACAGAUAUGUCUGCUCAACUGUUCCGACCAGAGAAUCAUAGAGCGCAAUAGUGAGCAUCCCACCCAUCAGAUCGCGCUGCCUCAUGACCAGGGCCCCUAUCUCGACAGCAAGUAUGGCAAAACGGAACGGUUCGCUACCUAUUCGAGCCUGCCACCCUCUGAUGUGGUCUUUGUCGGCAUAUAUGGCCAAGAAUUAGGAAACAUCGAAGCCACAGGCCUAGUCGAAGGGGACCGCAACAUGUAUAACCGAGUUGCUGCGUACGGAGACAUUAACCAUUCAGUUGGGCCCCGUUUCGCGAGAGCAAUCCCUGCGGACAAACAUGAUCCGCGCAGUCAAUCCUUCUUCGAGCUGAAUUCAGAUCGAAUUGCUGGUCCGGACGGGAAUUCUCUGAUACCAACACCGGCACACCAGGUUGUGGACUUGACGCUUUCGGACUCGAUGGAAGGGUUGAGCAUAGCAUCUCAGAACCUCACGUCUUUCAGUUCCUUUCCCACUGACACAGAUUCGGUACCUUUACCACACGGUCAGAUCUAG